GGCGGGUGUGUGUGUGGGUGGGUGGGGGGCAAACUCAUCUUGAUGUGAAGAGAAAACUUGAAGGGACUGAAACAACAAACAGGAAAUGCCUAGCCCGGCUGCUGCUCUUGCAGAUGCAGAGAGGACCAGAGGCAGUUGCAGCGCAUUGAGCUCUUCCCCCUAACAGGCACCGUGUGAACGACCGAGCUAGCCCAGGGGAUCUGCUCUGCUGCCCCCCGGCCCUGUCCUCCUUCACGAGCUAUCCUUGCCACUGCAGCCAUGGGCUCCCAGCCCCUCCGUAGCAGAAGCCCAGGUGUCGCUGUCCAAUGCGGGAUUCUGACAGCUCUGCUUCACCUCUGUGCAUCUUUCAAUGUUGAUGUCAAAAAUGCAAUGACGUUCAAUGGCUCUGUGGAGGACAUGUUUGGGUACACAGUUCAACAGUAUGAAAAUGAGGAAGGAAAAUGGGUACUUAUUGGUUCUCCAUUAGUUGGCCAACCCAAGAAGAGAACAGGAGAUGUCUACAAAUGCCCUGUAGGGAAAGGCAAAUCACCUUGCACAAAACUGAACCUACCAGCUGACACUUCAGUUCCUAAUGUUGUGGAAGUAAAAGAGAACAUGACUCUUGGAACAACUUUAGUGACUAACCCAAAAGGAGGCUUUCUGGCUUGUGGGCCACUCUACGCUUACCAAUGUGGACAUUUGCAUUACACAACUGGCAUCUGUUCUAACGUCAGUUCCACAUUUGAAGUUGUAAAUGCCAUUGCACCAUCUGUACAAGAAUGUAAGACCCAACUGGAUAUUGUCAUAGUUCUUGAUGGUUCUAACAGUAUUUACCCAUGGGAGAGUGUCACAGAAUUUUUAAACCGUCUUCUGAAACAAAUGGACAUAGGUCCUCAGCAAACACAGGUUGGAAUUGUUCAAUAUGGGCAAGAAGUAGUCCAUGAAUUUAAUCUCAAUACUUACAUGACAACAGAUGAUGUACUGAUUGCAGCCAAGGCGAUAAAGCAAAGAGGUGGAGCACAAACUAUGACAGCCCUUGGAAUAGAUACAGCAAGGCAAGAGGCAUUCACUGAGGCUCGUGGUGCACGAAGAGGAGUAAAGAAAGUAAUGGUUAUUGUGACUGAUGGGGAAUCGCAUGACAACUACAAAUUAGCAAACGUGAUUGAGGACUGUGAACAUGAAAACAUUCAGAGAUUUUCUAUUGCCAUUCUUGGUAGCUACAGCAGAGGAAAUUUAAGCACAGAGAAAUUUGUGGAGGAAAUAAAAUCAAUUGCAAGUGAACCUACUGAAAAGCAUUUCUUCAAUGUCUCAGAUGAAUUAGCUCUUCUUAGUAUUGUUGAAGCACUUGGAGAGAGAAUAUUUGCCCUAGAAGCUACAACAGACCAGCUGGCAGCUUCGUUUGAAAUGGAAAUGUCUCAAGCUGGCUUCAGUGCUCAUUAUUCCCAGGACUGGAUCAUGCUUGGAGCAGUUGGAGCAUAUGACUGGAAUGGAACAGUAGUCAUGCAAAAAAACAGCAUGGUUUUAAUGCCAAGAAAUGAUACAUUUCGUGACAAGUCUUCAGAAAGAAAUGAACCUCUUGCAGCUUAUCUAGGAUACACUGUAAAUUCAGCGUCGACACCUGGAGAUGUGCUAUACAUUGCUGGGCAACCUCGUUAUAAUCACACAGGCCAAGUUAUCAUUUACAAAAUAGUAGGAGGAGAUGUAAAAAUACUACAGCGGUUAAAUGGAGACCAAAUUGGGUCAUACUUUGGGAGUGUUAUUACUACAAUUGACAUCAAUAAAGACUCAUUUACAGAUAUUCUGCUAGUUGGAGCUCCUAUGUACAUGGGAACUGAAAAAGAGGAACAAGGAAAAGUGUAUUUGUAUUCUUUGAACAAGACAACAUUUGAAUAUCAGAUGAGCCUUGAACCUAUGAAGCAAACUUGCUGUUCGUUGUUAAAGCACAGCUCCUGCAAAAAUCACAAGAAUGAACCUUGUGGUGCACGCUUUGGGACUGCAAUUGCUCCAGUAAAGGACCUCAACCUUGAUGGGUUUAAUGACAUUGUAAUAGGAGCUCCUUUAGAAGAUGAUCACCGAGGAGCUGUGUACAUAUAUCAUGGCACUGGCAGUAGUAUAAGGAAAGAAUAUGCCCAGCGUAUUCCAUCAGGUGGAGAUGGGGAAAAAGUGAAAUUUUUUGGUCAGUCUAUACAUGGAGAAAUGGAUUUAAAUGGUGAUGGUCUAACGGAUGUCACCAUUGGAGGACUUGGUGGUGCUGCCCUCUUCUGGUCUCGUGAUGUAGCUGAAGUAAAUGUUUCCAUGAAUUUCAUACCCAACAAAAUCAAUAUCCAAAAGAAAAAUUGUAAUAUGGAUAAAAAAGAAACAGUAUGCAUAAAUGCCACAAUUUGUUUUGAAGUCAGACUAAAGUCUAAAGAAGAUAUAAUAUAUGAAACCAGUAUACAGUAUUGGGCUACACUUGAUUCACAAAGACAGAUACCUCGAAGCUUGUUCAUGGAAAGUCAAGAAAGGAAGAUACAAAAAAAUAUCACUGUCAAAGGGUCAGAAUGUAUUAAACAUAACUUCUACGUGUUGGACAAGCCUGAUUUUCAGGACUCUGUAAAGUUUUUGUUGGAGUUCAAUUUUUCCGACCCAGAGAAUGGUCCCGUUCUCGACAGCGACCAGCCGAAUGCAGUGUAUGAAUAUAUUCCUUUCACAAAAGACUGUGGAAUCAAAAAUAAAUGUAUUACAGAUCUGGUUCUGAGUAUAACAGCUGGAGACAGUUCCUCUCCAUUCAUCAUAAAGUCAAGCAAUGAUAAGUUCAACGUGUUACUGUCUGUCAGGAAUAAAAAAGACAGUGCCUAUAAUACCAGAGUCUUAGUACAGUACUCUCCAAACAUCAUUUUUGCUGGAAUUGAGGGUAUACAGAAAGAUAGUUGUGAAUCCAAUCACAAUAUUACCUGUAAAGUGGGAUACCCUUUCCUAAAGUCUGGAGAAGAGAUUUCUUUCAGAAUAGUAUUCCAAUUCAAUGCUUCUUAUCUUCUGGAAAAUGCUACUGUUCAGGUGUAUGUAACAAGUGAUAGUGAAGAACCACUUGAGACCCUGACUGACAAUGGAGGAGACAUUACAAUCCCAGUAAAAUAUGAAAUAGGAUUAAAAUUUUUCAGUAAUUUCAAAGAUCCCAAAGAAUGCCAUAUUAUAAUUGCAGCAAAUGAUACAGUUUCUGCUUAUAUUAAUACAACUCAGAACACUGGGGAUGAAGUUAACAUAAACUAUACGAUUGAAAAAGGUGAACACUUUCCAGUGCCACAACUUACUCUGCAGAUUUCAUUCCCCAUCUUGACUUCAUCCAAAAACCCCAUUCUCUACCUAACUGGAUUGUCAUCUUCGGAUAAUGCCAUCUGCCAAACCAGUCACCCUAUAAAUCCAUUCAACUCUGGGAUGCAGUUUGAGCUGGCAAAAAAAAAAGAACCUACAAAAGAUACAGUUAUGGACUCUGCUACAUACAACUAUGCAUCCAUUAAUUGUACUCUGGCCCCAUCUGAUAUAACUCAAGUGAACAUUUCAUUAAGAUUAUGGAAACCUACCUUUAUAAAAGCAAAUAUUCACAGUUUAAAUUUCACUGUAAGAGCAUUACUUCAGAGUGAAAACUCAUCACUGAUUUUGAGAGGAACCAAUCAAAAGCAAGAGAUCAUGGUUAUAGUUUCAAAAGAACUUCACCCUGGCAUCAUCCCUUUAUGGGUCAUUUUACUGAGUGCCUUUGCUGGACUCUUGAUUCUUGCACUUCUUAUAUUUGCACUGUGGAAGGUUGGAUUUUUCAAAAGACCACUAAAGAAGAAAAUGGAGAAAUGAAGAAUUCUACCAAAGGAGAAUAUGUUGCAAUUAAACAAUGAUCUGUUCUCAGGUCUGCCUCAAAUAUAUGACUGUAAAGCUAUAAAUAUAGUUAUAAAUGUGAUAGUCACAACAUUUUCUAAACUCCAUCAUGGACUAAUCAAGGUGUUGUUUUUUAAAAAGAGAAAAAACAAUAACAAACAAAUCAAGUAUAUAGGUGGAUGUUAAAAAGGGAAAACAACAACCCUAUAGUAUUUUGUAAUAUAUUAGGAAAUACUGUAUUUUAAGCUGUUACUCAUUUUUGGAGAGUAAUUCCUUUUUAAAAUUCUGGGUUCUUUUGCAUAGGGAAAAUAGUCUAUUGAUAUUUUUUAUCAAAUGAAGUAAUUCUUCAGCCCAAAUUAUGCAAGAAACCAAGUUAUAAGUAGCAGUCAUAAUCUCUUUACCACACGUUCCUUAUUUUCAAAAGAACAAAGUAUUCAAAAGUCAUUUCUCAUAAUGGACUGGCAAUUGGCUAAGCCAGGCUUUCAAAUCUUGAGCAUGCACCAAAUACAGUCAAGUAUAUUUGACAAAGGGAUAAUCCAGAGGAAAGUGGCAACUGCAGAGUUUGCAUGAAACUUGCAAUUCCAAGGGCUUUUCUUCCCUCUUAAUGUAGUUCAUACAGAUGUACAGAGGCCAUUCCAUGAAAUACAUUUCUAUUAACAAAACUAUUCAGGAUUGAUCCCUUAAGUCAUACAAGUGUCUGAACCAGAAUCUGACUUUUAGCAGGCCUGUAAAAUUAUGCCCACAAUAAUUACUAACACAGCUGAUUGCACAUUGUUUCAGAUAAGCACAUGUACAUUUGGACUCACGAACUGAUGUGCCCAGCAAUAUUGUAAGUGUUGUGUUUUCUAGAGGCACCCUGAAAAUUUGCCCCUCACUGUGUAUGUUAGAGAAGCCAGUGGGGUUGCUUCUUGAGCUAUCCAUGAACAGUUACUGUGUAGCUACUUAAUUCAGUAGGUUAAAAGUGCCCAACCAAAGAAUUUAUCAAAAGAGCAGUUAGAAAAGCACUGAGAAGCUUUUUGUAUUACAAACCACACUUCAUUUGUUACUUACAAGUUUAAGAACUGAUGCAAAAUUUGUUCACUGACCAAGCACUUAACAAAUGAUGUUUAUUUGUAUCAAAGAUUUAAAAUGUUAUAUAGUACACUGAAACAUAGAUACUAAAAUUAUAUUUCUCUAAACCCAUUUAGAAUGCUAAUCAUUUUUAAUAUAAAGCUGCCUCUUUCUUUCACCUGGGUCACCUUCCUUCUACAGAAUGAGCAUAUGUGGAUAUGCCUUCAUCUUCCAAAAGUAGCCCAGCAUUUAGACAAUGAAGUUUUUUCAUCUCCUUGGUACAAAUUUCACUGAAAUGCAAAAACCACUGCAGUUUUUCCAAAGAACAUAACGUCAGGCAUAUUUGUUCUAUUCUUUGACAAUAGUUUUGUCAUGUAUACUGUUACUUCUUAACAUGAGUGUCUAUUUUUCUAAAAAAGUGACCAUAGGUUGAAUUAUAUAUGUUGGCAAAUAGAGCUCUGGAAAUUGAGGAGGUGCUUCAUAUUUGAAAGAGGAUAUCAGGGAAUAAAUCAUGGAGUCCCUUGUAUCUACUUUUUGGUUUAUAAGAUAGUCACUGGGAUGGGUUGAGACUCAUUAAUAUAGCAAGUAUGAGUUAGUUUGAAAGUGUUUGUAAACUUUCUUUCAUAUGCAAGAAAAAUUAUGAUUGCACAAUCAUAGCCUGACUGGAAUUGCCCAUGUCUAGUAUUUUAAUGGAUAUAAUUCAUUAGAAAGUGUGGCAGAGUCUCAACAUAGACUUUAUAAAUAACUGUGUCUUUGCUGUCCCAUGGAGUUUAUGAAAUUCAGAGUAAUUCCACCAAAGUCAAUGGAUUUACUCCAAAGGUACACAGGUAUAACUGAGAGCAGAAGUCCCUCAGAUGCAGAGGUGCUCUGUUGUCGUGGUGAUGGACACCAUAUAAGAACCUGAAUGGAAAUGCAACUAGAAUUCAAAAAGUGGCAUGUAAAAAACUCUUGCUUCAUUCAGUGUGAAACUGGUCAGCAGCUGAAUGAUGAAAUGGUCCACUCAUUGCACAGUGAAGAUAAAUAUUAAACAGCUGCUUCAUUGUCUACAGUCCAGUUUGCAUGCUAUAGGAAUACAGGUUUUGUAGAUAGACAUGGCCACACAGCAAUGAUGUUAUCUGUCUGAGGUACUUAGUAUGGUGAUGAGGGCCAUAUAUCUGUCUGCCUCCAAUUAUUAAUGUAUUUAUCCUCAUACCAUCCCUGGGAGAUGGGGAAAGUGCUAUUAUCCCUAUUUUUGCAGAGAGAUUGAGUGACUACCCUAUGGUCACACAGGAAGUCUGUGGCAGAGCAGGAACUGAACCCCCAGUCUCUUGAAUGUCUGUCUAGUGCUUUAACCCCAAGGCUAUUCUUCUUCCCCACCUGUGAUUAACUGCUGUAUAAAAAUUCAUAUGUUAUAAUAUAAUGGGGCAGUGCUAAGAUACGUAAUUUUAACUAUAGCAUGUCUUGACUUUUAAGCGCUUCAUGUUGCAACUGCGGUGAUCUGUUAAGCAGCAUUUUUAAUGAAAUGUAACAUUUAAUUUCUGAGCAAUGCUGUUAUUGACUAAUACGCAUCAGCAACCAUGUUAGUUUCUGUAUAUAGUAUAUUUCCCUAGAGAAAGAGUACAAAAGUACUCUUCCUAGGUACAGAACAUUUCCACGCAUUUUAGUCACACUUUGCAUCAUACUUGCAAUAAUAGGCUUUAUAUAGUUGCCUUUCUUCUCUGUUUGUACCAUGGCGCUUUCUUCCUGCUCAUUCUCACUCGCUUAGAUUUUCAAUUUAAAAAAAGAAAUGAUUUAAACAUAAUAAUAUGUAAAGUAAGUACUGCCAUGGAAUUCUUCCUUAUCACAUAACCUGCAUUAGCAAUGCACCAUUUCUACUCCAUAGAACCUUUGCGCACACCAUCACACAAACACUAUUACUCUGAUUACACAAACCAUAGAAAACCCCAUUGAAACCAGUGGUGCAAAUAUCAGAAACAUUUCACUAACAUUCUGCAUCUACUAAAAAGGUUACAAAAAAAUACUCUGCUUCACAUAUUAAGGAGCAGCAAGUUGCAAGAUGAUUCUAAUAAUUAACAGUUGGUGGGUUGGGACUUUUUUGUUAAAACAAAAGUUUAACAUCAGGGCUGGUGUAUAUACCAAGCUUUUGGUCAAUACAAUUUUAGAAGACUAAGGGCCCCAGUCCUGUGCACAAGGAAUCCUUCAUCUUCAGAGUCCCUUUGAAGUUAUUGGCAUCCAUACAGAGCAUCUUUCAGGAUAGGGACCUAUGAUAAGUGAGAGAUGAUUUAUUCUCGUGUUCUAUAGGCUGAUUUAAAGGGUGAAAUUCUGUGUUGUACCUCUGAGAUAUAGCACAGAACUCAUAGCCCAAGGGAAGAAAUGCUAAGGUUGCUUUAAACCACCUUUUCCCUUUUGUAGUACUGGGUUGUUCCAGGAUGUUUUAGAAGUCUUCAUAGCCUGCAGUGCUGCCCAACAUUACAGGAGUGCAGCACACUCUGGUCUGACCCUAAACACACUCCACCUACUGCUGGCCCCAGUGGUGCAAAGUAGAAAUCAUUUCUUAUUGGUACUGCAUUCAUGGGAGGGACACAAGGGUGGGGGCACGUGACCUCCCCACAUGACCCUCCAUGUGAUUCCUCCCCAGCCUGGGGCGCCCACGCUGUCCUCGUCCCACCGACAUCCCCCAUCCCUACUUAAAAUUUUACAACUGCAUCUGGUGCACGGUCUACACUGCCACUUCAUAGCACUGAAGGGGUGUUUUUUUCACCCCCCUAAGUGAGAAGGUUUCAGUGCUGUAAAAUGGCUGUGUAGACAAGGCCCAAGUAUUGCUCUCCGCCAGGCACUAGGAAAGCAAAGAUGCUGCACCAUCAGGGUUUGAUGGGAAAGAGGCAUAGAACUGUGUGUGCCAUGUGCAUCUUGAUAGAACUACAGCCCAAAUUGUUUUAUUAUUUUCCUCAGCAUGACAUACAGGCAGGGCAAUCAAAAUCAGCCUGGCAGAACAUGAAUGAGAACUGUCUCUGGACAGACAAGCAAUUCAUCAAAAUCACAUUCUCUGAUCUCCUGGGGCCAAAUCCUGUUCCCAUUGAAAUCAAAAGAAGUUUUGCUAUUGAGUUAAAUGGGAACAGGCUUUGACAUUUGGAGAGGAAAGAACAAAACCACUCAAGCAAGGGCUACGUUGCUUAUAUCACAGGUACCAAAGGCUGCUGACUCAUGUGAGAAAGUCAGCAGACGUCUGAUCUUUGUCCAUUGCAAGGGAGAAAUCACAAUCAAUGAGGCUAGAAUAGUCUUUGUACCAUAUACAAUGCAUAACUGCAUCUGCAAAGGAAAUAUGAAGGCUCCAGAUUACCUUGAAGUCCUCAGUCCCUUAGUUAGAAUGCUCCCAACAGCAGAUAUCCAUAGUCCAGAGUCUGGAGCAGGAAUCAAAAACACUGUUUAAACAAUUUCUGUCCCAGCACCCCCCAGGACUCCUGGCCAACUUAACAGCACAAUACACAGCACAAAGUCUUUGUUUAAAUUUGUUAGCAUAUGUAUUGUGCUGUUAAACCCAUGUUAAAGAAUGAACGUCCUCCCUAGCUGUGUUCUGCUCCUUUAAGGUGGGGGCUAGCUGUGUUCUGCUUCAGUGGGUGGGGGUUAGCCUCCCCAAGUCUUUCCAGUACCCCAUACCCCAUACUCACUAAAAAUCUCUUGCCAGUACUGUGUACUGGAGUGUACGACCCUACUUGCACUCCUGGCUGGCCCUGCCCUCAUCCCAAACCCUAUACCAAUGCUCACAAAGAGGUCUUCAGUGGCAGCCUUAUGACUAUCUUCUGCAGUGCCUGCACUAACGGGGGUCUUCCAGAUGGACCCAGGGCUUUGGAGGCCUGGUUUCACUGGUCCAGUGUUUUUGCCUGGCAUACAGAGGCCGGAGCAGGGAUAAGAAUUGCACCAAGGUGAGCUAUAUGUUUUAAGUUUUAUGCUUCUGCACAACCUAAUUUUUCAAAUCUUCUAUCAAAUACUGCAUACAGGAUCAUCCUAGCUACAAAACCUAUUUUGUAUUUAUAUUGCUUGUUAUUUUUAACUAAAAGCGAAGGCAAAAAGAUGCACAUAUGAACAGAACACAGCUCUUGCAAAUGCAUGUACCGUAUCAGAAACUUUACGUGAAAAUUUCUCCCAGGCCCAAUUUUAUCCAACUUGUGCAUUUUCUCAUUACUUGAAAAUGUGAAGAAUUGGCUGGAUUUAUGCCAUGAGUCCAUCACACAGGUUAAAGCACUAUGUACUCUUUCAGCUCAAUGUAAAUGAUUAAUAAUAAUGUUUUUAGUAAACCCAAAGAAAAAUAAUGCAUUAUGUAGAAUUUUUAAUUAUGUCCUCAUUUAUUCAUAAACUUGUGAACAGUUCAUCAGCUGGUGUAAAUUGUCAUAGUUCCAUUCCAUCAACGGGGUAUUUACCCCUGCCUAAGUAAGUAUUUGGAACAUGAAUAUUUGUUUGUAAUUAAAGGCAACAUUUUAGACAUUGAUUCCUAAUGCACACCAUAAAAUAUGCAGACAAGACAUUUUGAACAUGCAAAUGCAUACUUUGCACAUACAGAGAGUGCAUGCAGUUCUUUUAUGGAUGCAACUUAAGCAUCAGUGUUUGAAAAACUGACCUCAUACAUUUCUUUUAAUCUGCCCUGAAAUUUCGUUGCUGUCACAUAGCAUUAAAUUCCUCCACUACUAGUUGAGAUUUUCCAGCUUUUUGACUUAUUAUUUUACUAUUGAUGGGGAUCUUAUCCCACAGAAUUUUUGUGUGAGGCAGCUAAAGAACACUACAUGCUGAUGAAAGGUACCAUACUGUGCUUAUGAUGAUGGCAAAAGCCCUCUUUCCCAAACACCAUAUAUUUAGGGAGGAGUUAGAACCUCAGUCAAAGUCACAGAUGGAUCAUUAGGUUGACAUGGUUUAAGGCACAUCAGUGGUACACCAGAGAGUGACGUGGCUAAUAUCACAUCCAACCAUCUUUAACUUGUCUAACCCUGGGAAUCACAUACCUGUUUUGCAGGUGGGUGAACUAGAGGCUGCCUUUCAAUGUGAGAGUAAGCGAAACACAAACCCACCACCUUCAGGAUGGUUAUCAACUGCCUCAACCACUCAGCUACCACACCUCUACUAGAGCCUUACUAUAGACUUUAAAAAAGAUGUAUCUUGGAAAAUAGUACAAGCAGGGCAUAUGAACAAAACAUGGCCAUCGGUAGUGGCAGGGGAGGAAACCAAAGAAGAGAGCACCACUGUUUAUUAUACCACUUAACAGUAACUGUGGAAAUUUUGCACACCUUUUAAGAGAGGGAAUCGUAAAAAAAGCCUGUUAAAUUCUGCAUGUUUGCUUUUCUUCUGUAAAAUUGUUCCAUAUAUUUUAUCAAUAAAUAUUAACAAUGUUUCCAGCCUGA